GUCACCAAACUGGGUCUCAACAACGAGCAAGUGGGCUGGUUUUCAAAAAGAAACAAAAGCUCAUUGCGUUGAACGGGAAUAUUUACGAGAGCAUUGAGGUAUAUUUCUGAGUUUUUGUUGAGGAGCUGCAGUAAUGUCUGUAAACUACGCCGCUGGACUGUCUACAUAUGCGGACAAAGGUGUAUGCGGGCUCCCCGAGUCGUUUGACAGUAAAGAAGAGUUAAAGGGGAAGGUGGAGGCUCUGGCCCAGCUGAUUAGGGAGUCCCAGUACCUGGUGGUCCACUCUGGGGCAGGCAUCAGCACCUCUUCAGGCAUACCUGACUUCAGGGGUCCCAAAGGAGUGUGGACCAUGGAGGAGAGGGGCGAGUCUCCCCACUUUGACACCACAUUCGAGGAAGCUCGGCCCAGCCUCACUCACAUGGCCCUGCUGGGGCUGCAGAGAGCCAGCUACCUCAAAUACCUCAUCAGCCAGAAUGUGGACGGCAUCCACGUCCGCUCCGGCUUCCCCAGAAAUCUGCUCUCUGAGUUGCAUGGGAACAUGUUCGUGGAGGAGUGUGGGAAGUGUGGCAAGCAGUAUGUGCGGGAAAAGGUGAUUGGUGUGAUGGGGCUGAAACCCACUGGAAAAUACUGUGAGGAGGUCCGGGGAAGAGGACUCAGGUCCUGCAGGGGGAAGCUCAUCAGUACCAUACUGGACUGGGAGGAAGCUCUGCCUGAAAAAGACCUCAACAGAGCCGAAGAAGCUAGCAGACGGGCCGACCUGGCGCUGACCCUGGGUACCUCUCUGCAAAUCAAGCCCAGCGGAGACCUGCCCCUCUUCACCAAACGCAAGGGGGGCAAGGUGGUCAUCGUCAACCUUCAGCCCACCAAACAUGACAAACACGCGCACCUGCGUAUCAACGGUUAUGUGGACGAGGUCAUGAGCCAGCUGAUGGAACUGCUGGGAUUGGACAUUCCAAAGUGGGAYGGGCCCACCGUCUGCGAGAGCUCCACCCCUGACCAGAAACCGCUACCUGCCAUCGYUACAAAGAAGGAAGUAAAGAAGGGUGUGAAGAAAGAGGCUAAAAGGGAGGGUAGGAAAAGACUAGGAGAACCAAAGAAGGAAGAGGAGGAUGAAGAGAAGAUUGCAGUAAAGAAAGAGAGGGCGGAACAAACAACAGAAGAGCAUGAGAAAGACCUGCAGGCCUGUACUGACUCUAGCCCUAUCCUAGGCCAAACACAGAACCAGGACCUGUCCAGAGGUGGAGACAAGAACAAGGGGGCCAGCUCCCCAACCCUCUCCCUCUGACAGUUCAGACAGCCCCCAAGAGCCCAACAGAGUAAAGAAUCAGCCAGUAGUGUCUUAGUAUUGUCCCCCCAACUUAUCAGUUCUUAUACACACUGACCUAGAACAAUGGUAAUAUGCUGCCUGGGACCAAUGCAGAAAGGUCUGUGUAAGUGAGAAUGUACAGUACCAGUCCAACGUUUGGACACACCUACUCAUUCAAGGGUUUWWAUUUUUUUUWGCUAUUUUCUACA